UCUCUGUUUAAUUGCCUUUUUCAAGCGCGUGAAAAACACAAAAUAGUCGAGCAAAGCAGCCAUUCGAUUGUUGAAAAUGUUUUCCCUGCUACAAGAUCUCUAACCUGACCAGUUUGCCCUUUUCACGUACCAUGACAGCGUAAAAAGCUUCACGGUUUCAGUGGUUCGCCUGCGUUUUGACAUGUCGGCGUUCAGUUCGUCCAGCAAACUGAAUUUAUUGGUCAACAAGCUUCAUGAAUACUUGGCACAUUCCAGUAUUGAAGAAAGCACUGGCAUGCAAUCACGUGAUGUAUCUGGUCAGACACACACAGGGUUUUCAGCAGGAAACUCAACAGGCCAAGGUGCAGAGAUAGGCCUAGACAACAGAUUCUCAAGAAGAAAACCUUCAGUUGUAAUAAAACACUCUGGACUGGAUGAAUCUGGAGAGUCAAAUGGAAGUGAUGACUUUAAUGUACUUGAGAACACAAAUGGUCGCCUUGAUGUGACUCAGUUGCCUAAAGGUACAGCUUUUGUCAGACCUGAAGCUGUGGACAACGGACGAGACGAGUUCAGGGGUCCCGAGUUUCGAAGCCGAAAACCAAAUGUGCUGCGGAAGGAAUUUUCAAGGAAACGUGGAGGUGAACAUGUGGGAAUUGUAACUUGUACUGCUUGUGGUCGUCAAGUUAACCACUUCCAGAGAGACUCCUUAUAUCAACAUCCGGUUUUGAAAGUACUUAUUUGCAAGGCUUGCUACAAAUAUUACUCAAGUGAUGAAAUCAGCAAGGAUGGAGAUGGAAUGGAUGAGCAGUGCAGGUGGUGUGCAGAAGGAGGCAACUUAAUCUGCUGUGACUUUUGCAGUAAUGCUUUUUGCAAGAAAUGUAUUCUACGAAAUCUGGGACGGAAGGAACUGUCCGGCAUACUGGAGAGCAAAUGGUACUGCUACGUCUGUAGCCCAGAACCGCUUUUUGACCUGGUGACAGCCUGCAACCAUGUCCUGGAGAACAUGGAGAGCGUGUGGAGUCAGCAGCGAAAAAGGAGUCGAGUGGAGCCAGAGAAAUCUGGGCUGUUGCCACAGAACAUUUGCUUAGAUAAAUGGGACCACAGUGGCAUGGAUGGGAGCGUUGUCUUUAACUAUAAUGCUUUGCAAGUGUCUAAAGAAGUUACCAAGAAGGCCAAGCAUUUAGUGGAGUCAACGAAUGCAGUAAAUCAAAUAUUUGUCAAUUUUAUUCACAGUGUGACAAAAAAACAGCAGACUCCCAGUGUUCGCGUAAUGUAUUUUAACUCUUUUUUAGCUGUCGUUAAAGGCCUAAAAAAGUCCCUGGCAGCACUGGAGGGUAGUCUUAAGGAAGAAUUCAGCGACUUGGAUCUGACCAUCAGCUGGGAAAAGAUCUUCAGCAACGAUUUUGAUCCUUUAGAGGCUGAAGCCGACAUAGAGCUGAACAUUUCUGAUGAAAGGUGCUUGAGCGACCUGCAGAAACUGGCAGCUGAACAUUUUGAAGAUAAUGAUUCGAAAAGCAAUGGGUUCAUGGAUGGAAGAAGCCUCCAUGGCCACUUUGAUAAAGAAACGCAUGAAGCAAGAGUGAGUGAAGGAAUCAUGGGCCUGAAUCCCACUCAGGAAAGUCAUGUUGACAUAACUAAAAAGCUGGUCGUAAAACUUACGCCUGUUGCAAUGGAGCAGCCGCCAUCACCCGAGGAGCCAAAGAGAAAGGAAGAGGAAUUUCAGAAGGAAAAGAAUGUAACAGAAGAUGAGCAAACCUCUGAAGAUGGGAAAGUUGAAUUGAACUCUAGUGAACCCCUCUUAUUAGAAGAAGAUAAAGGCAACAGGCGUUCUCCUCGCGUCAAGACUACUCCUCUACGCCGACCAAGUGAUGUCAAAACCAAAACAUCUUUUUCAGCAGGAGACAGCGACACUGAUUCAGACCCUGGGGAGAUCCCAGACGCCACACCUGCCACAAUUGACAAGGAGCAAAGUUUGAGCAGAGCAGGAGACGACUCGGACUCAGAUGAAGUUCCUGCUGCUCUACUCGAGCGAGUAGCCAUGACCCAAAGCUCGGACGAGCCCCAGAGUGAUGAAGAUGAAAAUCAGGCAUCUCCUAACAAGGUGGCAAAGAAAUGCUUAUUUUGGCUCACAAAGAACAGCCCAAUGUCACCAGAGAAGAUGCGGCGAAAGCGCAAAAUGCCCGACCAGUCAUCUGAGUCUGAAUCGAGCACUGGAAUUGUCAAAGCCCAGCAAGAUAGCCAGACAGACUCCUCUAGUGAUGAUGACGACUCUCAAAAGCAAAUACAGCACUUAAGUUCAGUGAGGUCGAUAGGAACCUCUCAGCUUGGCAAAAGACAGAAGAAAGAGAUGACAAGAAGGCAGAGACAACUGCAGGCAGAGGAAAAUAAAAUAAAAGCUCAACAAGAAGCUGAUUCUUCAUCCUCUUCCUCCUCGUCAAGUGAAGAUGAACAGGACAAUGACUCGGGCAGUGAUGUCAGUGAUCAGAAGAUGAAGCCCAUCACAGAAGGAGACUAUGAACAGUCAGGGCCCUCGUGGGCAGCAGGAGACGACGACGACGAUGAUGAUGAUCUAGAAAAUAGAAUCGCUAAGAAAAUGCUGUUGGCCAGAAUUAAAGCCAACUACUCUUCGGGUGAUGAUAUUUCUUCAGACGAGGAGGAAGAGUCUAAGUCAAAGUGUGACCAGGAGUUGAGAGAAGACAUUGAGGAUGGUGGUACUCAGGAAAGUGGAAAGGAUUUGGCAUCAGAGACAUCUGACACCAUGUCUGAUAAGUCCAGGUCCAGACACCAUCUCCUUCAACUCAAACUCACUUUAGACGAGGGAACAUCAGGAAACAAUGUGGAGGCUGCAGUAGAACAACAGAACAAGAGAGCAGCAGAGAAGAGUCUAACCUAUGAUGGUGAAAGUGUUACUAACGAUAAUGGUUGCCAUGACGAUGAGAGCAUGAGUGAGGAGCUUAGCCAGUCAGAGGAUGAUGAAGAUGAACCCCAUAGAAUUGAAGUGAAGGAAAUCGAAAAAGCUUGUAGUUUUGAAGACAACGCGCAAGGGACCUGCAUUUGGUUGUCUGACUCCAGUACAGAAAAGAGUGAUCAAGAAGAUGAAAUUAACGAAGACCCCAAACCUAAAGGCACUCCCAAAGGCCGUAAGGAGAUUCGGAAAAUCAUUGAGGAUGAGGAGCUCCGAUCAGAGACGCAGGAAGCUCUCCGGGAGGAGGAGGAGAGACGCAAGCGUUUAGCAGACCGAGAACAACAAAUGGAAGACAUGAGAGAGAUAACUGUGAUAGAAGACGAGCUGUCUCAAGUGGUUUGCCCUGUUGCAACCAAACUGGUUCUGGAUCAGGAUGAGGAGACCAAGCAGCCUCUUGUUCAAGUUCACAGCAAUCUGGUUACAAGACUGAAGCUCCAUCAAGUGGACGGAGUUCAGUUUAUUUGGGACAGUUGUUGUGAGUCAGUAAAGAAGGCCAACUCCACUCCUGGAUCGGGCUGCAUUCUGGCUCACUGCAUGGGUCUGGGAAAGACUUUGCAGGUGGUAACCUUCCUUCACACGGUGCUGCUCUCUCCAAACCUGAAAUUCAGAACAGCCUUGGUGGUGUGUCCGCUCAAUACUGUCCUUAACUGGGCUGCGGAGUUCAAGAAAUGGCAGGAGAACUUAGGAAAGGAUAAAGUCAAAGUGACUGUGUUGUCUACAAUAAACCAACCCGCUGAGCGCAUCAGAGCUCUGCAGCGGUGGCACAGAGAUGGAGGUGUUGCAAUCAUGGGAUAUAAGAUGUACACCAUCAUGUCUCUCUGCCCCAAAACCAACAGUGAAGAACAGAAGAAGGUUCUGAAAUCUGUAUUAGUGGAUCCAGGUCCAGACUUUGUGAUUUGUGACGAGGGCCACAUCCUUCGCAAUGAAUCCUCCAUAACCUCCAAAGCUAUGAGUGCGAUCAAAACCCAAAGAAGGGUGGUGCUAACUGGCACUCCGCUUCAAAACAACCUUGUUGAAUACCACUGCAUGGUUAGUUUCAUCAAGAAGAACCUUCUUGGUUCUCUGAAUGAAUUCAGGAACAGAUUCAUCAACCCCAUAGAAAACGGGCAGUGCGCUGACUCCACCCCAAACGACGUCAGAAUCAUGAAGAAGCGCGCCCACGUGCUCCACUCUGUGUUAGCCGGAUGUGUGCAGAGAAAAGAUUACUCGGAGCUGACUCAGUUUCUGGCUCCCAAAUUUGAGUAUGUGCUGGCGGUGAGGGUUUCUCCUCUUCAGUGUAAGAUGUAUCGAUACUACCUCGGCCUUGAUAAACGUGAGGACUCUAGGCCUGUUAUUGCAAAGAAAAAAACUGGAGCAAACCUGUUUAAAGACUUCCAGGUUCUUGGCCGAAUUUGGACUCAUCCAUGGUGCGUUCAUCUUAGCCAGAUGAAUAAAGAAAACAAGAGAAACUCUAGAAAGAAGAAUCAAGUUGUAACAGAAGCACAGCUAAGUGAUGUGCACAGCAUUGCUGCAGACAGUGUAACGAUUGAGGACAAAGGAAAAGAAAGAAUGUUCAAUGAAGAGAGCCCAGAGUCUUCAAGUGCCUCCAAAGGAGCCCUGGAAGCCAGGGAAGCAGCCGACAGCCUGAAGGAGGGCUGGUACAAGAACCUGCUGUCUGAAGAGGACGCCAAAGUCAUGGAGCACUCUGGGAAGAUGGUGGUCCUGUUUGAGAUCCUCAGAAUCGCUGAAAGCUUGGAUGAUAAAGUGCUUGUGUUCAGCCAGUCUUUAAUCUCACUAAACCUAAUUGAAGAGUUCCUUGCAGCUUCUCAUCGUGCCAGAGACCCCUCAUCAAAAGCGGGCAGCUGGAUUAAAAACGUUGAUUACUACCGCCUUGAUGGGGGCAUGAAUUCCUCCUUGAGGAAGAAAUGGGCCGAUGAGUUUAACGAGGUCGCCAAUGUCCGUGGACGCCUCUUUCUCAUUUCAACAAAAGCGGGAUCGCUGGGCAUCAACCUCGUGGCGGCUAACAGAGUUGUCGUCUUUGAUGCUUCGUGGAAUCCUUCCUACGACAUCCAGAGCAUAUACAGAGUGUACCGCCUCGGUCAGCUCAAACCUGUGUUUGUAUACCGCCUCUUGGCUCAGGGCACCAUGGAGGAGAAGAUUUAUGAUCGCCAGGUGACUAAGCAGUCUCUGGCCUACAGAGUUGUUGACCAGCAGCAGAUCGAGAGGCACUUCACUCUUAAUGAACUGUCUGAACUCUACACAUUUGAGCCCGACCUGCUUGACGACGUGAACUCCAAGAAAAGCAAGAGACCCGUCUCUCUGUUUCCCACGGACCUGGUGCUGUGUCGGCUGUUAGAAACGUGCAGAGAUCAGAUUGUGUCGUAUCACGAGCACGAAUCCCUGCUGGACCAUAAGCAGGAGGAGGAGCUAACCGAGGCAGAGCGCAAAGACGCCUGGGCUGAGUAUGAAGCCGAGAAAGAGCCAAUGGAUGUACUGCUCACCGAGGGGCAGAAUAUGCUGCAAACAAAGACGAAUGAGCAGCUAGAGGAGCUGUUCAAUAAAUGCAAUACAAAUGUUGGUAGCUUGUUUGCAAUUCUGCACAAGAUUCGAUUUUACACUGUAGAGGACUACAUGUCGCGUCUGCGGCAGCAGUAUCCUCUCAUGCCAGAGACGGAGUUGAGGACUAAAGCUGAGAUCUGGAAACAGUGCGAUGAGAAGAGGAGCAAAAUCCAAAGGGCUUCAUGUUGGGAUUCAAUCACAAAGCAAAAACUGGCCUUAAGUCAAAUUCAGUUCAUUCUGAACUUUCGAAGGAAUCAAGGAACCCACACAAAUGUGGAGCCGAUGAGCACUGUGAUCCCGGGUGGACCAACAUGAACCUGAAUGUACGCUCCUUCUUUCACUACAGUGGCUUUAUGCACUCUUUACUACAGCAGACAUAUGAAUGUAUGUUAUGACCAGAAGCUUCAGAUCAGUUCACAGCACAUUUGGCAAUCACAAAAAUGUUUGUGGUUUGAUGAUUUUCUGCACUUUAACUGAUAUAAGAGGUUUCACUUUGGAGUCAUUCUAUUUGUUUUGUUUUUCCUUCGUUAGCCACAUGACAUGAAGAAGCUUUAACCCAUUUGAAUGUUUUUCUACUGAGUUCAGAUAUCGUUGAAUAAUAAAAUUAAUUGAAAAUAAAAAGUGUUAAUAUAGCUAUAUGUUUUUAUAUAACUGUGAGCAUUACCCUAUACUCCACGAGGAGCCAGCCUGACUUUACCCGGGCCUGUCUUUGGGGUGAGGCCCUGGAGCUUCUUAUCCAGGGAAGGGUUCUUGUCUGGUCUGUCACUCACGAUGUCUCCCACAUCCAAGACAUCGUGGUCUGUCACCUACAAUGUUUUAAAUGUGGGACAUUGACAACAACAAGGCACCAGGAAUCCUUUACACAAAUGGCUCCACCUUCUUAUGGUUCUGAGUCAGGAAUGGGAAGCUUGUCUUUCUGAAUUACCUUCUUUGCUAUUUUUGGACAGGCUAAAAUAAUCACUGAAAAGUUCUUUGAGAUUUUCUUCAUUUGAAAUAUGAUUUUCAGUCAUUUAUUCUUAGAAAAAUGUUUUUUUUCUAUUUCAUAAAAGAUUGAAGGCAAUGACUAGACUUUAGGACAAAAACCGUGAAAUAAAAAUGUUUUAGAUUCAA